GCUUCAUCGCCGUUGUGACGGUCAGCGAGUCGGUUCUGUCGGAGGCCUUCUCCGAGACGAAAUCACAGAUUUCCCGGGUGGUUCUCUUCGCGAGCCUCAUCAUGGCCCUGGUGCUGGUCGCAAUCGCCUGCAUCAUGGUUGUCACUGCUCGAUUCGUGGCUGGCGGGAUCGUGGGUCCGAUCAACCAACCCAUCGGUGCCGUGUACACUCAACAGGAUGGGUUUCUCGCGGCAGGCGCCAGAGACUUGGAUGGUCAACGACAUCUCCUCCCCCGAGGUCGAGGAGCUGAUGGAUGCCUUCGAGCAAAUGAAUACGAUCUUAAAGUUCGCCAACACGACCCUGGCCACAGGGAAUACCGACGAGGCGCAGCGCAUCUACGUGGGAGAGCCCUGGCCCCCUUCACGAAGCUGGGGAACGACCGCGGUGUCAGCAUCGUAAACAACAACCUCGGCAAUGUGUACGCGCUGCAGGCCGGACAGUUCGUGGCCAAGGCAAAGGACGCGGAGAAUCCAGACCAAGGCAAGGCCCUCAUGGAAGCGGCACAGGACAAUUUUGCCGACGCCGUCACAAACCACGAGCUCGCCAUCAACGACGCCGAGAUGCAUUGCGCAGCCACCAACCAGCAACCGAAUGAUGCUUCACCGCUGCACCGGAGCGCCCACCGUGGCGGUCGUGCUUCCACAGCAGUUGCUGGACAUCAUCGACCAGGCAAAAACGACGUCAAGAAUACUAGCCUGCGGGUUGCCUUCGUUGGUAUCAGGUUGUGCGUCACAUCCCCGGUGAUCUUCAAAAACCUCGCCCCUCCUCGCCGCAAGUAUCGCGACUUCGGAGACAAAGUGCAGUACGAGUCGUUCGACUUCCAUAAAAAAGAAAAGCUUCCCAAGCUUCUCGCCGCGCUCAACAAAAUUGAGGCCUACGGAGGCCAAGACUUCCAUGAGGAUGUUGCCGGAGGACUGAAGCUCGCGACGGAGCUGAAGUGAAAGGGCAACAUCCACCUUUGCAUCCUCCUCGCCGACGCGCCGUGUCACGGCAACGCGUACCACACCGGGGUCUGGGACAGAUACCCGAACGGCUGUCCGAACGGAAACGACCCAUCCAAGCUGCUCUACGAACUGCAGUACGAAACCGGUGCCGACUUCUACUUCAUCCGUAUGACCCAAAACACGGACAAGAUGAUCAAGGUGCUGCGGAAGAAGACAGGGGAUAUGUUUGCAGACGCGGGGGCUCACAGUCUUGCCCGGAGCGGGGGCAGGGCGGCCACAAGACGUGACAUCGUGGUGCACGAUCUUGGUUCGGAGGACAACCGCUUCCUGGGGUUAGUUGUGGAAAGCGUCAAGGUCAGCGUGCAACAGAGAACUAUUAUUUCAGUUCUCCCGGAAAGAACACCUAAGAGGGAGGGAGGAGUUGGACGUUGUCCAUCGCGUGGGACGUUGUGAUUGAUGCAGCCGGAAUAGACGUGUCGCCAGACAGAAGUAGCUUGAGCAGUUGUUGCAGGCUGUGCCGGUUUGACCUUUUCGAUCUGGCGUGUGUUUCGUAUCGACUCGAAAAUGCAGCCCCCUCCAUUGAACGCUGAAGACAUUUAGGGCUGUGUNGGAUGACAGCUGCGUGUGACUUAAUUUAUUUUCUGGUGCUUUCACUUCCAGAGACAGUUACAAGCACUGUGUAACCGCCUCGAGGGUGCUUGACCAUUUUGACACAACGUGGUGCGAUCAUCCCCUGUGGGGGGGAGGGAGGAUUUCUAGGAGAGAAAUCUCAAUAUUUCAUGUUGAUGCAGUAUUCAAGGAUCAUUAAAAGUAGGGCUAGUUGAUGCAGUACCAAAAUGGCGUAGACCAGGGGGGGGUGUACUCAUAAUCGACCAUGCCGUAGUCGUUAG